CAAUAUACAAGUCAUUUAUUCUACAUCAUUACAAAUUAUAAACCAAUUUAUUCUUAAAUUAUCUCCUUAGGGUGUCCCGUACUGUUUAUUCUUAAACGGUACAUUCCUUGCGUCUAUUGUAGGUCGGCCACCACUUAUUUAAAUAUCAACAAAAUGAGUGACAAACGUGAGUUUACAGUAGAAAACAAACAUGUGCUCCAAAGCAGCAUUUUUAAUUCAACUUUGAGAGACUGGCAAAGUUUAAAAUGUGAAAUUAGUGCCAGCAAUUUAAUGUACCCAAUAUUCCUAGUUGAAGAUGAUGAAGCAGUUCAACCAAUACAUAGUAUGCCGGGAGUCUCGAGAUAUGGGUUGAACAAAUUAAGAAGUCACCUGGAAACACUGGUUAAAAAAGGUUUAAAAUCCAUCCUGUUGUUCGGUGUCAUUGACAAGUUACCCAAGGAUGAAUACGGCACCCACGCAGACAGUCAACAGAACCCAGUGGUCAGGGCUUUGCCAGUGCUCAGGAAAUGGUUUCCUGAAUUAACAAUAGCUUGUGAUGUGUGUCUGUGUCCGUACACUGAAAGUGGCCACUGCGGCAUUUUGUUCAAUGAUGGAACAAUCAAUAAUCCCGCUAGUCUCAAACGAAUUGCAGAAAUUGCUUUGGCCUAUGCCACUGCAGGUGCUCAUAUAGUGGCCCCCUCAGACAUGAUGGACGGCCGAAUAGGCGCCAUAAAAGCAGCCCUACGCCAGAAAAACCUCCUGAACAAAGUGGCUGUGCUCUCCUACACAGCCAAGUUCGCCUCCAACUUUUACGGACCCUUCAGGGACGCAGCCAAGUCGAAGCCUGCCUUCGGCGAUCGUAAGUGCUAUCAGUUGCCCAGCAGCAGUUCCGGGUUGGCUAUGAGGGCGGCUGACCGUGAUGUGGCCGAAGGUGCGGAUAUGCUGAUGGUCAAGCCCGUUAUGGCUUACAUGGACGUGCUGAAGGAGAUCAAGGAUAAGUAUCCGCAGUAUCCGAUGUUCGUGUACCAAGUCUCAGGGGAGUAUUCCAUGAUCCAUCAUGCAGCCAAAGAAGGGGCCUUCGAUAUGAAGCUUGCGUUGACGGAAAUUCUGAUGUCACUUAGGAGAGCAGGUGCUGACGUUAUAAUCACAUAUUUCACACCCACAAUUUUAGAUUGGAUUAAAACAAGGAGCAAACUGUAAAGUAUUUUGUUAAUUUACAAUUAGUAUAAUUAUAUUUGAGGUGAUUGUCUUAGGCUCUCUUACUUGUUGAUAAGUGGUGUCUGUAUGAUUGUUAAUAUAUACAAUGUUACAAA